AUGGAGGCUGUGAUUCUUUGGAAGAAUGCGAGGAAGUCUCCGGCAGUGGAUUCAAGAUCAGAUUCAGCAAACGCCGACAGGUCGAAGUUGAGGAAAUGCACCUCUUUGAAGGUUGCGUCUUCCUUCACCCGAGUGUGUCUCUGCUCCCCGAUCUCCUCCUACAAUGAGGUGUUUCGGGCCGACGUCCCCACGAGGAGGAGCUUCAGCUACCCGAGCUCGAAAGCUUUUGCGCCCCCGUCGCAUCGGGUCAUCGGCACAAGGAAUUCACUGGAAACGAGGAGAGUGUUCAGGGGGAAGUCGCUGACGGACGAUACAUUGAUGAGGAGGUUUGUGGUGGAGGAGGAAGCGAUGAUGCAGCUGAAGAGGAGGAACCAGAUGGAGUUUGUGAGGCAGAGGAAUGCGAUGAAGAGGAAGAAGCUCGGGCCUAGUCCUCUCUGCAGGAUGGCAAUGGCUGCAGAAGAGCCCAGCCCAAGAUCUGCAUACAAUUAG